AUGUGUGGACGUUACGCUUUAGGAAUAAAUAUAAAUGAAUUACCACAACAAUUCAACGAAACUGUAUUAAAUAGAAGUAAUACCAAUGUGCAAUAUUCAAUAAAACAAUUAUCAGAUACCAACUAUGAGGCAGUUGACGAAUCGAAUGACGAAGCAACUUCGAAUCAUGCUAAUCGUAUUGAAAUAAUGAUUUUGAAUCUCUCAAACCAAACGUUUCAAUCCUCCUAUAAUAUACCACCAACAAGAACUGCCUUAAUAAUAUAUCAAGCCAAAAAUUCAGACGCAACGUUUAAAAAUCGUUAUGUGAUUGAGUCGCUGACUUUUGGACUUGUCCCAUCUUGGGCAAAGCCAAAAGAUCCGACACCAAUAGAAAGGAAGGGGAAACCUGGACCGAGAUAUUCUCGGGAACUCCAAAAAUAUCAAGGAAAACACUUUAAUUGUAGAAAAGAAUCAUUGGCAAAUAAAACUCCAGUUUGGAAUAGUGCUAAAAGGACAAGAUGUGUUGUUCCGAUCCAAGGUUAUUUUGAGUGGAUUAAAUCUGGUAAGAAUAAGACUCCAUAUUUUGUCCAUUCUUCAAAGGCUCCAUUAAUUUAUCUUGCAGCCUUGUACUCGCACAAUCCAAAUUACUCUAAUCUGGAUUCACAUGCUAAGUAUUUAUCUUCAUUCACAAUUAUAACAGGUCCAGCUACGAAGGAAGAUUCAAAGGAUUUAUCAUGGCUACAUCCUAGAAAGCCUUUAAUGCUAAUGCCAAGUACCAAUGAAUGGCAUGAAUGGCUAGACCCAGAGAAAGACUGGUCCGAUAGUCUACUUGAUACUAGUUUGAACACAAUCGACAAUAAAGCAUACAUGAAUAUUGAGUACCAUACUGUUAGUAGUGACGUAGGCAAACCAUUUGCAGAAGGAAAGUAUUUGGUUGAGAAAUAUACCAAACCCCAAAAAUCUAUUUCACAAUUCUUUAAGCCAGCAACUAAACGUCAACUACAGGAUAACGAUGAGAAUAAACAGGAAAAAAAGCCGAAAACAGAAGAGAAUAUAGAUGUUGCAAUCAAUGCUAAUGAAGGAAAUGUUGAGAUCAAAAGAGAGCCAUAA